UAGAAGUAAUUUGUAAUAACAUUCCUCCCAGUAUGCUAGUUGACAUAUUACAUAAUAGAAGAUGUCGUUUUAGCUACUCAUGUCAGCCAGAGAAGGAAGCUGAUAAGAUAAAGUUUAUGAGUGUGGUGUGUAUACGAACACUUCGUUGAAUUAAAAGGUCACCCAAGUAUCCUGAUAAAUUGGAUCUGCAUGUACUACACAGAAGUCUAAAAGUUCUCUCAGUCAGCCAGUCCAUUAGCAGGGGUUGAUGCAGCAGGAAAGAUAUCAUGAGAGUUGUGGCCAGAAGCAGUAACUGAGUUGUCCCAGUGGAAUGUCUCGGCAGACUGACAAGUGACUACAAUCUCAGGAGAAAAACUGACUUAUUAUUAGAGAGAUUAUAACACAGUGUAAUAUUGUAUACAGGGUAUAUCAGAAAAAAUGUCGGGAGAUCAAUUUUACCAAGGAACCAGCUUUCUGAAGAAGAAAAAAGUGAGCGUGUCCGGAAUGUCUUUUCUGAGAGGUUCUGCAAACUAUGUGUGGUGUACGACAUCAGUUCUCGGCAAGGGAGCCACCGGUGCCGUCUUCCAGGGACUCAACAGACAUACGGGUGAACCAGUGGCUGUCAAAACUUUCAAUCAGCUGUCACACAUGCGGCCACAUGAGGUACAGAUGAGGGAGUUUGAAGUGCUAAAGAAAGUCAACCAUGAGAGCAUUGUUAAGCUCUUGGCCAUUGAGGAAGAGCAAGAGGGGAGAGGAAAAGUGAUCGUCAUGGAGCUGUGCACCGGUGGCUCGCUAUUCAACAUACUCGAUGAUCCAGAGAACAGUCAUGGUCUGGAAGAAGGAGAAUUCAUCCUAGUCCUCUCACACCUAGCUGCUGGUAUGAAGCACCUACGAGACAACAGCCUUGUUCAUCGUGACCUCAAGCCCGGCAACAUCAUGAAAUUUAUAGAUGUUGAUGGUUCGACAAUAUACAAACUCACAGACUUUGGUGCAGCGCGAGAGUUGCAGGAUGACCAACAGUUUAUGUCUUUGUAUGGCACAGAGGAAUAUUUGCACCCUGAUAUGUACGAAAGAGCUGUACUCAGAAAGCCAGUAGGAAAAACCUUUGGUGCUAGAGUAGAUUUGUGGUCUAUAGGUGUGACACUCUAUCAUGUAGCAACUGGGCAACUCCCUUUCCGUCCUUAUGGAGGCAGACGCAAUAAAGAAACCAUGUACCACAUUACUACAGAAAAGGCACCUGGCGUUAUUUCAGGAGUACAGACUUCAGAGAACGGACCCAUUGAAUGGUGCACAGACCUUCCUGAAACCUGCCAACUCAGUUUAGGCCUACGAAAGCUAGUGACUCCUCUACUAGCAGGACUACUAGAAGUGGACCCCCUGAGAAUGUGGAACUUUGAGAGGUUCUUCCAAGAAGUGACAAUGAUCUUGAGUAGGAAAGUGGCCCAUGUUUUCCUUGUUAACAAAAUUCAGCCACUGACUGUCUAUAUGGGCCCAGAGCACAGGUAUGAGGAAUUGCAAUAUCUUAUAUGUGAACAGACAGAAAUGAACCCAGACAACCAGUUGUUGUUAUACGAUAAUAAGCACUUAUGUGAUGUGGUGGCCCCAGACCAGCCAGCGUCUUCAUACCCCUCAACCACCCCACGCACACCAAUUGUUCUCUUCUCGAAGCAGGAUGAUGAUGUUACACUUACUUUGCCGGAAUCUCCAGCUGUGAAGUUUAGCAGUUUCCCAGCAUUGGUGAGUGUGGAGCACGAUGCUGCUGUUGGCAAGUCCAUGUGCUCUGUGGGUCAUGCUGUUAAACGCAAGAUUGACUACUUCUCAAAGUGUGUUCAUUUGACAGAGUACAGUGUACUCAUGUUCAUAGCGGUGAUUGUUCAGGAGCUGACAAGUCUUAAGAAUCAGAUGGGCCACGUACAAGCCUUAACAUCAGCUGUUAGUGACCGCUUUAGUCAAUUAGUGGCUAAUCACCGCAGGUUCCUCAUGCUCACCCAGAUGUGUGGAGGCAACCAGGACACAUCUUCACAGCCUCUUAGGGAACGAUUAGAGGAUUUGGUCAACAAUAAGGUUGACUCUGAGAAAGCUGUACGUGACUCUCUGAAUGCCAUAGUGCCCGUGGUGAACCAGCUACAUGAAAGGGUGGUAAGUGGGGCGCAACUACGUCGUCAGUGGCAGCAGGUGAGGAGUGAUGCAGCAGCUGUAGAGAGAGCACCAAACAAAGCAGCGACACAUGUUAACAAGAUGCGGGAAUCAUGGCAACACCUUCUGAGAGACAGAGCAGCAAGGACCUUGACUUUCAAUGAUGAACAGUUCCAUUUGUUGGAGAAGAUGAAGAUGAAGGAGACCGCUAAAAGCUUGGAGACUUUGAUGGCCUCUGUCACUGCAACACUGCAUCACACAACAGAUAAUCUUGCUGACUGGUGCAAGGUUGCCAAAGUUCAGCGUGUACAGACGGAGAUAGAAAAAGCAGAUGUGGAGAAACAUGAAACACUCCUCACCUCCUUCCAAGCCACCUUUGGUGACACAGAGGACAGCUACCACCACACACUGUCAGAGCUUCUUGCAGCCAUCAAAGAUAGAAAACUUCAAGAUGAUGCAAGACUUCAAACAAGGGUUGAAGACUCUGAUGACAGCAAGACAUCCAAUAGAAUCAGGGACUCACACGACACACAGAAGUCAAAGAAGGAAGACCUAAACAAAGCGAAAGUCAAAAUGACUCUGCGCGAGAUGUGUGAAGCUCAGGAGGAAGUGAUGAAGCUACUUGAGGAGAAUGGCAUAAUCAUCAAAAAAUUUCAGCGCUUAACAGCCCUGUCAAGCUUGGAUGCAGAUGGAGAAUGAGAUGUGAUUAUUAUGUACUUUUUUUAUAUUCAUGGUACUGUACUUUUAACCUUAUAGAGCUGACUGAGAAAAGUAAAGGAGGAAAAAUACCAGUCUCGUGUUUUGAUGUAAAAAAAAAAUAUGGAAAAAUUUGCAAUAUAUUCAUAUUAUAUACUUGACAUAAAGAAGAAAAUUUCAUCUUCUUGAGUGAUUGUUUUCUCUGGUGGAUUAUAUUGGUUUAUUCUUUCUACCAAUCAGCAUCUUAUAAUAUACUUGCUUAUGAUUGGGAAGAUCAAGUCCUUAGACAACCUUCUGUCAGUAUUGAGGGAUAUUUACCUUAUAGGCAUCCCCUCUCAUCACAGUCAUCAGUCCAAAAUGGGGAGACCAGACAAAAUGGCAAGAGUCCUAACUUUCAGCAUGAUGUGUUCUCAUUGGUCUGACUGACAAGUGUUGUAUCUGAUCUCUCUAUUUUGAUUGGUGGAUGUGAUGCAAUGAUGGGGUAUUGUUCAAGGAGUUUACCAUAAUAAACAAAUCAUAAGCCUUUAUAAUUACAAGAAGCUGUCGGGCUAUGUCUGCAUUCGAGCAUUUGUUUGUGAUGACUUUCUUCACACAUGUUUCUUACUCAUCCUGGUUUAUCUCUUCAGGUAUAACAAUUGAAUCCACCCCAGAAUUAGGCUGGCUUAACAAAUUUGGUAGGAAAGGAAACUAUGGACUUAUUUUUCAUUUAUUGUUUUUUAAUCAGCCUGAAAUAGAAAAGGAGUAUACAGUAUAACUUAUCUCCCAAAUAUGGUUCUUUUCAACAAGGUUUUAUCGUGAAAAUUUCUCACAGAUCAAUAAUUGUUAUAAUGAAACAGCAUCUUAAAGAUAUGCCUGUAAUUGUCAUGAAGGAACCAGAGUAAUUCAAAGAUAAAAUGAGAGUUAACAAGUUUUGACUCCCUUUCUCUCUCAGAUGUGGUGAUAUUAUCCCAUACAAGAGGAUACAUAACAUCUGGUGCCUUGGUUUGGUAAGGUAACAUUUAAGUGUACCUUAGCAAGCAAUGCUUAUUCUAAACACCUGCUUAUUUAGAUUAAAACUGAAUUAAUCUAAAUUAAAAAAAAGGUUUACCCUCACAUUGGUGUCCACAGUUUUAAUUCAGCUCUAAUGUUGUAGCGUCAUUGAGUAUACAGUACCUCAAGCUCACUUUAAACCUGUAUGUGAUUGUUCAUAAAUGCUUUACUAUAUCAUAAACUGUAGUCAUGUGUAGUAUGAGAUAAGGCAGUACAGUACAUUAGUUAAAUAGUGUUAUAACAGCAAAGGUAAAUUGAAGAACACAACUUUAAGUCUAUCCUUAUUGUAGGCUUGAGUGACUUCUGUGUAUGUAACAUGUACUGUUUCUAUAAUUGCCAUCAUACAGGCACAAACAAGCUCAGUCAUUUGGUUAAGAAACUAGCUCAAGGGUAUGAAUAGUGUCUAUUGCAUUUGAUCUUUUGUAUGAAAAAGAAACUAUUAUUGUUUUGUAAAUUUUGUUCUAUACUUAAAAUAUAUGCAGUCUUUCAUUUUAUUGUUCAGUAUUCCUAGCAUGAGACAGUAGAAUAAAAACAUGUCGAUCAUAGGUAGUGAUAUUUCUGAAGGAAAGUGGUUAUUAUUAUUAUUAUUAUUAUUAUUAUUAUUAUUAUCAUCAUCAUCAUCAUCAUCAUCAUCAUCAUUACAGUAUUAUUAUUUUUAUUGUAGCCAUUUUAGAGAAUGAAUGACAGACAAAGAAGACUGUGGUUGUUCCUGUUUCUGACCUUCUUAUAUCUUGGCACGGAAAGACUUGUAAGAGUGAAAUUUUUAUUUAUUUUUUCACUCCGGGAUCACCAAAAGCACAAACAGUACAGACUCUUCUGUUAUUUACCAUCAUUCGUUCUCUCUAACAGGUAUAUGAAAUGUGUUCCUCUGUCACAAGGAACAACUGGUGGGAGACUGUGGUGCUCUUCCUGUAAGCAAGUGGGAAAAGGCUUGUCUUUGAAAAAUAAUAUUAUUAUUAUUAUUAUUAUUAUUCCAGUUUUAUGAUUAUUAUUAUAUGUUUUUUUUUUCUUUACUAGAAGUAAAGUUAUAUAAUGAUUGUCCUCAUCAUUAUCAUCAUCAUUGUUAUUAUUCACAUCAUGUUCAUAAGAAUUCCCAUAUUAUCUAAUCCAUUCUAGGAUUUAAAUUUUAAGUCUUCUUAUAUACUAUACUGUAGUUUAAUGAUUAAUUUAAAGGCUUGUACAGUAACUACCAUUGUUGAUAGGAUACUGUACCUGUAUUAUGCAAAUCAUAAAAAUUAAGAUUUAUGUUCUAAUAUUCACAACUUGAGUGCUAUAAGUUCUCAACCUUGAGGUCAGUCAGUUUAUUGAAACUUUGGCCUUGGCAACACCAUAGUCUUGAAUUUCAUGGUGACCAUGGCAGUUUUAGGCCUUUGAUUGUCUGUGAUGGUCCUUGCAGAAAAACUCUAAGGACUCUGUUCUUUACCCCUCUUCUGUUUUGGCCUUCUCAUGAAUUUCCAAGCUUUACAUAGAUAUGUAAUUUUUUAUAAGUACAGAUUUAAAUUUUGUUUUCUCACUGUGUGUACCUCUCAAGAACAAUUAAGACAUUCUGCUAUGUGUUGCUUCAAGUUAUCUUAACAUUUAGUCAGAAGGGCUAAUUCUUAAACACUUAAGAGUUACGGGUCAAGUGAGCUCAACUCUUACUGGGCCUCAGUGUAACCAAGUCUUACCAUUAGGAUUGGGUCCUGCAGAAUGGCUCUCCACAAAAUUAAAGUCUUAUGUACUGGAGCCCCAAUCCUCAUGGUCAACUUAGGUUGGGGUCUUUCAGGACUGGGACUCAUUUUAGCUGUCAUCCCUGUAAAUGUGGUUCACAUUAUUAAAACGUGUUAUCACUUGAAGUGAUGAUAGGGCAUAUGAUAGUGUUUUUUAUUCCAAUUAUAGGUAUUACUGUAUAUUCAUACCAAUUAUGUAUGCAUUAAUUUUUUUUUGUAAUAUUGUAAAAACAAAUGUAAAUAUUUUUAUGCAUUGUUGGUGUGAAAUAAUGUAUGGUUUUUAUAUUGUGCAGAAUAUAUAUAUAUAUAUAUC